UUACUUUCACUUUUUGUUGAAUAAUGCGGACCAAUAACUAUAUUAUCUUAUCGUCGAUUUUCGCUUGGCAGCCAAUCGAUUUGAUCUAAAAACAUUGGUUUACGUUAACAUUUUCAGUAACCUUUCUCUUACUAUUUUAGUUCCUCAUUACUCUUGCCACGUACAAACGUGUCCGAGAGAAUUUCGGUAACAAUAAAUAUUUUAUAGUAAAAUGUUUAAACAUCUAUAGAACAUAAAUAGUGUUUUAAAGAUGGGCAUGGAAAAACAUAAUUAUAGGAAUGAGGAACUCUCAGAGUAUCUGUAUCCUCCAGAUAUAUUACAAAAUUUGGAUUUUAACAAAAGUCCAGCAGUAUUUAAACCAAAAAUAAGUGCUGCUAACCCAGGGGAAGAAUGGAUGGUGGUGAGACCUUUACAAAGAUCAGAUUAUGAUAAAGGAUUCUUGCAAUUACUCAGUCAGUUAACCAAUACAGGCAAUAUAACAAGAAAACAGUUUGAUGAACGAUUCACACAAAUGAAGAUGUCUGGUGGAUAUUAUGUCACAGUAAUUGAGGAUAAGAGAAUUUCAAAAAUAAUAGGUGCAGCCACUCUUACAGUUGAACAGAAAUUUAUUCACAAUUGCUCCUUACGAGGCCGCUUGGAAGAUGUUGUUGUUAAUGAUACAUACAGAGGCAAGCAAUUGGGAAAAUUAAUUGUGGUAACAGUUUCUCUGCUGGCUCAUGAGCUUGGCUGCUACAAAAUGUCAUUAGAUUGUAAAGAUAAACUGAUCAAAUUUUAUGAAAGCUUAGGCUACAAGUUGGAACCUGGAAACUCUAAUGCUAUGAACAUGCGAUUCCCAGAGCCAUCCUGACAAUUAGCCGCUGAGUCAUCCGACUUGCGCUCUAAGCUGUAAGCACUCACAGCAGCCGAGCGGACGUCGCAACACCGCAAACGGGUCCUGUAUAACUAUUUGUUACUCCAAUGGUCAUUAGGUUCAAAAUGUGAUUGUGAAUCCAAGAUAAGCCAAUAUAAUAAAAAAAUAAUAGUUAGCAAUAAAAUAUAAAACCAUUUUUGUGUUUGUUGUGAUUUCUGCUUUGUUGUUUUUGUGUUUAUGGUCGCAGGGUCAAUUUGUGUAUCCAUCAAAAAUUGUUUUUUACAUAGUGGCAUAAUUUGUAUGUAAAAUCUGUAUUUGAUGGGGUUGUAAAUUGAUUUUGGAUGUCUCAGCAUAUAAUAUAGUUUAGUUGUAAGUUUUUACUGCUGAAUGUUUAAAAAAAAAAAUUUAUCGCAUUGAAUUGAGCUUCAAUCAAGCUACAUUUUAUUAUGCUUUGCUUUUGUAACUAAAUACUUGUAAUUUGUUGAUAAGCCUGAAUACUAACACUCAUUUAUUAAAUGUUGCUUUUG